AUACUAUGCAAUCUAAAAUCUCAGAAAAAAGUUACGCACUUUUUUUAGUUGAAAUACGAAAAAGAGCUUAGUUGAGUUCGGACCUAACCAUAUCAUAUCUGUGGUUCGGACUGUCAUGGCCACAUGGUAGAUGUCAUCAAUGUCAUGCUGACAGCUGAUGUGCUUGAACCGCGAAGCGAAAUUUCUCAAUCAAAUCAACCGAUGGCUUUUAUCCUUGUGUUUGAAACAUUUUUAAACUUAAAUUUGAUGCUAACGCAAGAAUUUACUGGGUGAAACUUUAAAUUAUAUUUGCUUGGUAGGAUAGAAAACUAUAUAAUAUGUCACAUUCCACGAAAACAAAUAGCAUUUCUUGUCCAGUAUGCAGUCGAGAAUUCCAACAGGAAUUAAUUGAGGAACAUGUUAAUAAGUGCUUAUUUUUAAACACCCCAGAGCAAAGUGGUUGUAAAAGAGACAGUCCCUUUCAUAAAAAAAACAGUUCUCAUAGUGAGAAACGCAUUAAAUUGGAUUCUUGUACAUCACAACAGCAACAAAAGAACUCAGUUGAAACUAAAUCAGUGCCUCUGGCUGAAACUUUAAGACCAGUAAGUUUGAAUGAUAUUGUUGGACACAAGGAGGCUUUUGGGCCCGGCACUAUGUUAUAUUCAAUGCUGGAGCAGAGAAAAGUUCCUAACAUGAUUUUAUGGGGACCGCCUGGUUGUGGAAAGACUUCCCUGGCUAAUGUUGUAAGUCACAUGUGCAAAGAAAGCAAAAACAUGAGAUUUGUAAAAUUAUCAGCAACUAUGGCAGGCAUAAAUGAUGUGAAAGAAAUUGUAAAAGUUGCCAAAAAUGAAGCACAAUUCAAGCGACAAACUAUACUUUUUAUGGAUGAAAUACACAGGUUUAAUAAACUCCAGCAGGAUACAUUUUUACCUCAUGUUGAAAAUGGUACUAUCACACUUAUUGGUGCUACUACAGAAAACCCAUCAUUUAGUCUGAACAAUGCACUUUUAAGCCGUUGUAGAGUCAUUGUCAUGCAGAAGUUGUCUGUGGAUGAUGUGUUGUUAAUUUUAAAAAAGGCAAUUCAAAUCAAUAAGGAAAUUAUUAUAGCAGAAAAAGAUAUUUCUAAAGGAAACCAUUCAGAGGAUGCCAUUCCAAGGGUUAUAAUAACUCAGGAGUCUCUUCAAUGGUUAGCUGAAGUUUGUGAUGGCGAUGCGAGGAUAGCCCUUGGGGCUCUCGAACUUACUAUAGCUUCCAGGAAUACACAACAAGAUGUCUGUAAAGAAGGCCCAGCAGUUAUUUCUCUAGAAGACAUUCAACAAGGAAUUAAGAGGACGCAUAUGCUUUAUGAUAGAAAAGGAGAGGAACACUACAAUAUAAUAUCAGCUUUACACAAGUCAAUACGAGCUAGCGACGACAAUGCGGCGUUAUAUUGGAUCACUAGGGCUCUCAGUGGUGGUGAAGAUCCUCUGUACAUAGCGCGACGAUUAAUUCGUAUGGCAUGUGAAGAUAUCGGUUUAGCUGACCCAAACGCGUUAGUAGAAGCUGUUGCGUGUUUGCAAGGAUGUCAAAAUAUAGGAAUGCCUGAGUGUGACGUCUUACUGGUGCAAUGCGCAGUUAGAUUAGCAAGAGCAGAAAAGAGCCGCGAGGUGUACUGCGCUAUGAAGCAAUGUCAAAGAUUCAUACAAGAAACAAAAGGCCCUUUGCCUCCUGUGCCUUUACAUUUGAGGAAUGCACCAACGAAACUUAUGAAACAGUUAGGUUAUGGCGAUGGUUAUAAUUUAUUAGAAAAGGAUAAAUCUGGUCUUACUUAUAUGCCGAGUGGUUUGGAAGAUAUUAAUUUCUUUAAAAAUAAUACAUAAUAAAAAAAACUCUAAUGGUGCUAAAUGUUCAUUUACAGAUGUGUUGAAUAUGGUUCAAAACAAUAAAAAACCAAAAUACUAGUGUCAAUGUUGUAUUUAUUUGGGAUAAUCUCAUAUUUUGACAAUAAUUGUAUGACAUGGUAAAAAUUUCCUAUUUACAAGACACACAAACUGUAAUACAUUAUUACAAAUUUACUUUUAAUGUUGUACCUUUUGUAACAUUGACGGCUAUUGCCACAAUUUUAGAUCCUAGCCUUAUAAAAAUAAAAUAACAUUAUUUCUUACUUUACAACAUUUACUACUGCACAUUGUGCACAUACACACCGUAAUAAUUUACAUCAUUUCCAACUACAAGCUACACACUUGAUUUCUCCAGAUUUUAUCGAAAUUGUCUAUCUUAAAAUAUUCUACUAAUUUUGUUUGAUGAAGACUCAAAUUAAGUAGAUGUCGAUUUAUAAAAGAUAAAUCGAAAAUUAUGGAGUCCUUACUAUUUAUGUACAAAAACACCAAACUAUCAUUAUUAUUACUUUAUUACUCUUUAGAAAAAGCGUCAUUAUUUAUUUUUUCCGAUUGAUUCAUAACACGUAAAAUCUAGAGAAAAAACAGAUUGAAAAUCUGUACAAAAAAUCUUAUACUAGUUACUUUCUAAACACUAAAACUUAACCUAUAAAACUAUAAGCAAAAAAUUGUAACUAGGUGUGUUCUAAAUAAAAAUAAAUUAGAAUCAGACUUCUAAUUUGGAUCCUAAUUGGUGAGGAACAAUGAGUUGUUUGGGGUCCAAAAAUUUGUUAGAUAAAUACUAUAAUCAUACUAAUUCCUAAUAAUCAGGUCAUGAAUUCAUAAAAAAACUUGUUGAAUAUAAACAAAAAAUAUAUAAAGUGGAACGUUUGCAAACUGAAGUA